UUGUUUGUUGCCUGGGGUGGAAUAGAAUACAAAUGUGGGAAUUUUCCCGUAGCUUUGUCGUGGUGGAGAGUUUUCAUUCAACAUUAAGAAAGUAUAGUGUUAUAUUGUUAACAGUAAAACACAUUUAAUUUUAAUUCGUGGGAUUUUAGGAAAUAUAAAUUCUAAAUCAUCCUAGAACACGGUGUGAUUAAAAUAAACGAGUUCCGAGAUUAAUAACAUACAUUCUGCACAGAGCGCAUCUUGCAUUUCAGAUGCGUUUAUACAUCUGCAGUCAUGUUUGUAUAUUCACUUCACAUUUUCAGAUGCCGUAUUAUACACACACACACUUUUUAAAUACAGAAAUAGACACUAGCAGUAAUCUACACGUGCAGUUUUUAUGAAGUCAAUAUUAAGGUAAAUGUGCAUUUAACAAUAAGGUGUUGUUUUUCUUUGUUUCUUUUUUUUUAUUUAUUUUUUUACAGUGGAAUAAAACGUGAAUACACUUGUUGCAGGAGGAGAAGCGAUUUGCCGAAACGUUUCCUUGACUGAAUACUUUGCCUCUGGGUUCACCAUUGCCGGCUGGUCAGCUUGAUACGAGGAUACUAAUCUGGUGUUAUUUUAGUUCCUAUUCAAGGAUGAAGCCGGAUUGGAACCACAGUUUGCCUUCUAAGAGCAAAGGAACCCAAGUUGGUUGAAUCAGCAACGCAAAGUGAGACGGGCAUUCUGAGGGACAGCAAAUGAUGGAGCUCUACCAGCACAGCAGCCAACCCCAGAACCCCCGCCACCAUCACACCAACUCCUCCGUGGGGACACCCUGGCAAAGGAACCAGUCUGCAGCCUUCUCCCCCAACUCCUCGGCGCCCCCUGCUGAAGACAUUAUAGUUACUGCGGUGAUUGGGACGCUCCUGUCUCUGAUGUGCGCCAUCGGGGUGGCAGGUAACCUCUACACCCUGGCGGUGGUACGCAGGGGGCACGGGAGGUCCUCCUCUUCUCUGUAUGUCCAUGUUCUGAACCUAGCUUUGGCUGACCUGCUUUAUUUAUGCACCGCCCCGUUUAUCGUCUAUGACAGCUUCGCUCCGGACUGGGUCUUCGGGGAGGCCGGCUGCAGAGUCCUGUUGACUUUGGAUCUUCUCACCAUGCACUCCAGCAUUUUCAUCUUGACCAUCAUGAGCUCGGAGAGGUACGCGGCCAUCGCCAGGCCCCUGGCCGCAGCCGGGAGAUCCCGGGGCUAUCGGAAAGUGGUGGCCCCUUUAGUCUGGGUCCUGUCCCUGGGUCUGACCUCUCCCAUGAUGGCCAUGGUGCAUCUCGAGGAGCGGCUCGUGGAAGACGGGAGUCUGAGAAGGAUGUGUUCCCCCACGUGGAGCGAGGAGGAUUAUAAAGUUUACCUCACGGUGCUUUUCACCACCAGCAUCCUGGCUCCAGGGGUCAUCAUUGGGUUCCUGUACGCCGGCUUGGCUCGAAUCUACUGGAGAUCCCAGACCAAAGGGAAUGUGGGUCAGGGGCAGACACGGCCUCCCAAACACAAGGUCCUGUAUAUGAUCUUCACCAUCGUGCUGGCGUUCUGGGCAUGUUUCUUACCGUUUUGGGUCUGGCAGCUGCUGCCUCUGUACCGGCCGGAGGCCCUGCGUUUUUUACCCGUGCGAACAGAGAUUUACAUCAAUCACCUGGUGACCUGCCUGACCUACGGGAACUCCUGCGUCAACCCCUUCCUGUACACGCUGCUGACCAAGAACUACAAGGAGUACCGCAAGGGCAAUACCGGGAGUCACCACAAGGGGGCGGUGGUGGUCAUGCUGGCUUCUUAUCCCUGCAAGAGGGGGGCUGGGUUUAGCGAGGCAGGGGUCCGGGAGGCUGGGAGAGCCGGAAGUGGAAAGAUUGUGGCCCCCAGCUCCGCGACUGCUAAUGAAACCGUUAUCCACUCGUCUGGUCACCAGCAGGGGGCAUUAUAGGACAGGGGUGGUCCAGGAAAGCCGCAGGAUCUUCUGGUUUUCAUUUGUAAUUGACCAGUGUGCUUUAUUUUAGCUCACAGCUACUCUGGGAAGAAUGACCUCCCAUGAAUGGUCAAAAUAUUCCCAGACAUGUUUUAAGGGGGGUUGGGGUGGGCGUAAUUUUGCUUGUUUUAUAAAAUAUGUUCUGUAUAUUUUUUAUAUUUUAUAAACAUUUAAAGCUUGUAGAUAGAAACUGGCAUAUAAAUAAGAUAUCUAUAAGAUAUGAUUUGCUGUGUAAAGUAGACAAAAUACGUUGGGGGGGGGGGGACGGGACAUGUUGACAAAUAAUUUUGUAUUUUUUUUUUUUUUUUUUUUGGCCUGUGCUGUAUAUUAGUUAUUUUUUUUAACGCCUGCUGAAACACUAGCCAGGCGUUCUGCCCAAGAGACUUUUACAUUGUACAUUGCACCCCCUGGUGGAUGAUACGGCAAUAGCCGUUUAAAUACUACCUGGUAAGUGCUAGCAAGUCUUCAGAAAGCUUUAAUUUGGUUGUUUGUUGCAUUUUGUGGCUCCCCCCCCCCCUCAUAUACGAUGCACUGUAAAUUCUGUAUAUUAAAUAUGACUAUUAAUUGAAAUACAUCGUUUUUUGUUUUGUUUUCUUAAAGAUGGGUAGCUUUCUGAGAAUUAUCUAGUGACGAAUUUCACAGAGAGAGGUAACGGCAAUUUAAGAUGCAUUACAAUCAAUUUGUACAGCUGUGCCAUACUUUUAGCGUCACCUAGAAUUUUAGUUUUCCGUUAAACUACAAAGCGGUGUGUAAUUCAAUAUGUUAACCUAAAAUGAUUUCAUUCCACUGUGACGCAAAAUGUGUUAAUUAAAUAGGGUGGGGCAGCGCGUUUGUCAGGAACUGUAGAUAUCGUUGUGGGUGUUGAACUGUGCGCUGCUUUUGUAAGUGCAGGGCAUCAAUCAUCUUGUCUCAGGAACGGUGCCUUCGUUAAUUUAAUUAAAUUAGCUGUCAGACCCAGAAAGAUGAAUGUCGGACGGGUUUAAGACGCUCUCGGCUGUUUACGUCCCGCUUCAUAAUUAAAUUAAAGGGGCGGACAGCUUUAAGAAGAAAAGGUACCCCCUAACGAACCUGAGAUUAAUUAUUGACUUUCCUUUGUGACUGUGUGUGGACGUACUGUGCAGUACCACUGCUUUAUACUACUUCAUAGGAUCACAGCAGAGUAUCUGUCUCUCUAUCUAUCUAUCUAUCUAUCUAUCUAUCUAUCUAAUCACUUUUUUAUUAGAAUUUCUUGUAAUUUGAAAAGAGUUUGCUUGAACCUCAUGGUGUUUGAUGCCACUGUCUGCGUCGCACAAUGUUCUUCAUUAAGGGAAGCAGACAGAGUGAUUGAGACGUCAUUGAUUCAUCGACAGGCUGUAAGCAUAAUUGAUUACUCAGAUCCCCCGGACUAUUAUCAAUCACUGCGAUAUCAUCAAUGUAACGACCCUGUAUUGUACAGAUAGGGACACCGCAGUAGCAAUGUAACGAUCCUGUAUUAUACUGAGAUGCAAUAGAAGCGCAGGCCGAAUUUACAUUUAAAUGUUGGAACAAUACAGCUCUAAGACAAAUCAUUUCCUUCUUUAGCUCUUAUACUCGGAUACUACAAGUUUAAUACAAAGGCAACUAUUUUCACCGAAGAUGUCGUUUCUACUUGUGACCAGUAGGGGGAAGCAGUGACCUGGAAACGACUGCUGUGGAAAUCACUGGAAGGAGCCAAUCGAAGCCGCACUGUUCGUACGGCGCUUCAUAUCUGUUUGCAAGUAAGGGUAACAGCUGUACCGCGGAGCUCUCUGUUUUAUUUACAAGUCACAAAUCUGGUGAUCAAUAAAGUGUGUACAAAUAUGUUUACAUAAAACCAGCGUGGAACUUUGGACGUUCUUUGUUCCAAGUUUGUGGGCAAGCGCCUCGGUGAUUUUUUUACCACCGCAAAUAUUAAAUAUAUUCCAUCGAAUAACUGCGUCGUGCGGCUUCAAUACAAAAUUCUGUUUCUGUUUUUUGUUUUUUUUCCCUUUGAUAUCGUUUCACUGCCCGACCAGAUCACAGACGUGCUUUACAGCGGAUCAGAAACAAAUAAGAAAUGAAAAGCAAUCGGGGUUCACAGUGAACACGUCGCACGGCUUUGCAAUGACACACAAUUUCCCUGCAUCGUUACACUGCAGCUGCAGCCAACGCAUUUCCCAGCCCUGUGAGUUUGUCAUGCAGAGUUGCGCUCAGCAGCUCAUGAAGUCCAGUUGGGGCGAGGCCUCGGUGGGGUUCGGGCUCACCAGCUCCAGCUCUCU